ACAGAUCAUCGCCGGUGCACCAUGCACGGCGUUCCGCUCCUCCUCCGGCUGCUCGCCGCCGUGCAGCUCGUGGCUCUAUGCGUAGAUAGUGUUCGGUUCGCCGGCGCAAGCCCACCGGCGGGGCCGGUCAGGUGCGCGCCGGCGUCGGGCACGGCCAACUGCACCUUGACCAACGCGUACGGCGCGUUCCCGGACCGCUCCACGUGCCGCGCCGCCGCCGUCGCGUACCCGGCGUCGGAGCAGGAGCUCCUCCGCGUCGUGGCCGGCGCGGUGGAGUCCAGGACGAGGAUGAAGGUGGCGACGCGGUACGGGCACAGCGUGCCCAAGCUGGCCUGCCCCGGCGACGGCGGCGGCGCCGGCCUCCUCAUCAGCACCGACGCGCUGAACCGCGUCGUGUCCGUGGACGCCGGCAGGAUGGAGAUCACCGUGGAGAGCGGGGUGUUGCUGUCGGAGCUGAUCGACGCCGCGGCGGAGGCCCGCCUCGCGCUGCCGAACUCGCCGUACUGGCUGGGGCUCACCGUCGGCGGCCUGCUCUCGACCGGCGCGCACGGGAGCUCCUUGUGGGGGAAGGGCUCCGCCGUGCACGAGUACGUCGUCGGCAUGAGGAUCGUCACGCCAGCGCCGGCGAGCGAGGGGUACGCCAAGGUCCGCGUGCUCGGCGCCGGCGACCCGGAGCUGGACGCGGCGAAGGUGUCCCUCGGCGUGCUCGGUGUUAUUUCUCAGAUAACUCUAGCGUUGCAACCAAUGUUCAUGCGCUCGGUGGCGUUCCGGCAGCGCGACGACGGCGAUCUGGCGGAACGAGUCGUCGCCUUCGCCGGCGAGCACGAGUUCGCCGACAUCCUCUGGCUUCUCAGCCAGCGCAAGACCGUCUACCGGGUCGACGACCGCGUGCCCAACAGCACGACCGACGAUGGCGCCGUCUACGAUCUGGUCACCUUCCGUGCGACCCCCACACCCACAAUCCAGGCCAGCAGGCUUGGAGAGGACGCCCUGGAAGCGACCGGGAACGCCGCCGGCAAGUGCCUUGCCGGGUCGGCGACGACGGCCAACCUCGUCGCCGGAAACUACGGGGUGACGAAGCGUGGCAUGCUCGCGCCGUUCCCCGGCACGCCGGUGGUCGGCUACCAGAACCGCAUUCAGUCGUCGAGGGGGUCCUGCCUGACCAGCGCCGACGACGGCCUCCUCACCGCCUGCACGUGGGACCCGCGCGUCGAGCACCACGCGUUCUUCUUCCAGUCCGGCCUCAGCGUGCCGCUGUCCAAGGCGGCGGCCUUCAUCCGCGACGUGCAGCGGCUGCGCGACCUCAGCGACCCCGACGCGCUCUGCGGCCUCGACAUCUACUACGGCGUGCUCCUGCGCUUCGUCGGGGCCUCGACGGCGCACCUCGGCAAGCCGGAGGACAGCGUCGAGUUCGACAUCACCUACUACCGGAGCCGCGACGACCCGGCGGCGCCGCGGCUGCACGAGGACGUGCUGGAGGAGAUCGAGCAGAUGGCGCUGCGCAAGUACGGCGGCGUGCCGCACUGGGGCAAGAACCGAAACGUCGCCUUCGACGGCGCCAUCGCCAGGUAUCCAAACGCCGGCGAGUUCCUCAAGGUGAAGGGCACGUACGACCCGGACGGCCUCUUCUCCAGCGAGUGGAGCGACCAAGUGCUCGGCGUCGCCGGCGCCGGCGGCGUGAGCGUGGUGAGGAACGGGUGCGCGCUGGAGGGGCUGUGCGUGUGCUCGGAGGACGCCCACUGCUCGCCGGAGAAGGGGUACCUCUGCCGGUCGGGCAGGGUGUACGAGGAAGCCCGGGUGUGCCGGCGUGUCACCGGCGAUCUCUAGGCGCAACGAUAAUAGUACAAACAUGACUGCAUUUGACCGCAUUGGACUUCUGCCUGUUUGAGUCCGGUUCUUGGAUCUUGAAUAAAAUUGUGUGGCCCGGCCUGUUUAGUU